GUCCAAUUCUCCUAAGUUUAUGUUUAUAAAUAAAACUAUUUACACGAAGACACCGUAGCUACGAGACAUCACAAAGACCAACUCAUACUAGACCCAUCACGAUGUCUGUGACAGCCGAAUCUAAUCCUAGCGACGACAUCAACUCGAAUACCAACAACGACGCUAUACCCUGCCCCGAUAUCAAUACCAACGACACUACUGAGGCCCAAGACAACACCAACACUACUAACAUAGCCCCCGAGCCCGGUAACAUAGAACCAGAGAACGCAAGUCCCAACCCCAACAACCUCGAAAGCAAUAUAUCCGAGACUCCCCCACCUAACAAUAUCCAACCCCCAACCGUCUCUCCCGAGACCACCAGCCCGGAAAUUUCACCACACCCGGCCACAGCCACGCCCCCAACUCCCAAAGUACGAAGCCCUGGACUCUCACCUCAGGACUCCGAGCUAGACAAGCCCCUUCCGCUAACCUUCUGGCUACUCGCCGGCGGCACCGGCGCGCCGCCCUCGACGAGUAGUCUUCUCCGCAUGACGAGCGAACGCAACGCCGCGACCCGAGAGGCAGAAGCGCGAGCAAUUGCUCGAAAGCAGGCUCUUGAGGAGCGUAGGGCAUAUCUCGCCCAUUGGGACGAGGAAUGGGGCCCCGUGGGUGUAAAGGGGCUGUUGGCUAAGGUGUUUAGAAGUAAGAAGCGGAAGACCUGAAC